GUUAAUAUGUUUUCUGAUUUUUUCUUUGAUUUUGUAAUUUUGUAGGUUACUUUGUUGGUGUUCUGCCUUUAUCUAAGAUUCUAAGGUACUAUGGAAGCUACUAUGGAUCCAAAAUCAAUGAACAUUGAAGGGGCAGACCCAGAGGUUGAAAUUCUCUCUAAGCCUAAUAGAGAGAAAGGAAAGAAACUUGGUCAUACAUACAAGCCUGCAAGUUCGACCCAAUCAAAUGGUGGGCAAUCCAUCUCUAACCUUAAUUCUGGUGGUUUGAAUGUUGUUGCUGGAGAUGGUUUUAUGGAGGAGUUUGAUUCUUUUUCUGGAGGGGAGUUUACCGGUAUUCCAAAAUCAGAACUUGCAUUAUACUUGGAGGAGCCUAGCGUUCCUCGUGCGAACAAUUUGGAUAUCAUUGACUGUUGGAGAUCUUGUCAGUUGCGCUUCCCUGUCCUUUCUGUUAUGGCUAGAGACCUAUUAUCUAUUCCGAUUUCUACAGUAGCAUCUGAAUCUGCCUUCAGUGUUGGCGGAAAAAUCUUGGACCCUGUUAGAAGCUCUUUGAAGUCAUCUGUUGUGGAAUCAUUAAUAUGUCUAAGAGAUUGGACUUAUGGACAUCAAGCUGAAACGGUUCCAGAACUUGAGGAAUUAUGUGACAACGUAAUGAGCUUGAAGUUGGAUGUUGAUAUUUCUCCUCCCACUACUACUCCAAGUCCUCUUUCUGCCAGUGGAAGUGAAACCACUGCCUGCUCAGCCCCCAAAAUGUCUAUCAAUAUUGAUUAG